AUGACAAUUACUGUGCCGCCUUCGUCUCCCGCAGCUCUUGCACUGCCAUCACCGCCGCCCACGUCGACUUCUACUACAUCGUCGCUAGAUACACCAACACUGACUAGCAGUAAAAGACUGUUGAAAGCUGCUUUAAUGAGCAGUCGAACAGCAAGUAUACCCUCCGACGUCGUAACAACUUGUAAAGUCAAAAGCGGUCAUAGCUCAAGUUUCUCGUCGCCACUCCCUCCCUGUCCAGAAGAUCCGCCCGGUCCGCUUCCUCCAUCUUGUACACCGCCCAACCCGAUUGGCACGCCACCGCCUCCUCCGCCGCCUCCGUUCUCUCCACCCAGUGCUAAGAUUGCUGUAGAUUUGUCUGAAGCUCUAAAAGGAGUAGCUCAGGUCACGAAGGAGCCGCCGUUGCCUUUAGAUAGAAGGGAAAUGAGUGACGGAGAAGAUGGAGAUGACGAACGAGAGGAAAGCAGUUGUGUCAUAGAGGCUCAAGCUUUGCCUGAGGCCUCCUCAUCCUUAGUUAUAGCAUCUAUGAGAAGUGCAGUGCGAGAACGCGAGAUUAUGACGGAAACAGUACAGGAGGUGGCAACGAAAAAGCCCAGAUUUUAUAUUGGUGAUAUUGACAAUUAUAGUAUAAUUGAUAAGGUUGGAUCCGGAACGUACGGAGAGGUUUUUAAGUGUCAACAUAAGGUGACGAAGGACAUCGUAGCGCUCAAGAAACUUCGACCAGAUGUUGAAAAGAAUGGAUUUCCCGUUACUUCCAUUCGCGAGAUGAAAAUUCUCAAGUAUCUUAAGCACCCAAAUAUUUUGGAAUUAAAGGAAAUUGUGUCAACGAGUGCUCCGCCUAAAGAAGGCAAAAGGCCACCGUUGUACUUUGCGUUCGAAUACAUGGAGCAUGAUCUUUCGGGGCUGUUGAACCAUCCGCGCGUAAAGUUCACACGCACACAGAUACAGUGCUAUAUGCGUCAGCUACUGACUGGAAUUGCAUUUAUGCACCGCAAUAAGAUCAUCCAUCGCGAUAUCAAAGCUUCAAACUUGUUACUGAACAACCAAGGCAUGCUCAAAGUCGGAGACUUUGGUCUUUCGAGGUUCUGGAACGAAGUAAAUGCAAAGGCCGGAAAAUACACAAACAAGGUAGUGACACUCUGGUAUCGACCACCGGAGCUGCUCGUGGGCUCAACGUCAUAUGAUUUCUCGGUGGAUCUCUGGUCCAUCGGGUGCAUUUUUGGUGAGCUUUUAUUGGGAAAACCCAUUUUGCAAGGGAAGACUGAAAUUGAGCAGCUUCAAAUGAUCUUUGGUUUAUGUGGUAUGCCAACGGAGGAAACAUGGCCUGAUUAUUUUAAACUACAGGGGCCUGAGAUUGUUCAAACGGAUGACAGAUACAUUUGUCCACUGCGUGAGCGAUUUAAAAACUUCCCACCUCAUGCCAUCGAUUUACUGGAAAAGUUACUGCAUCUUGAUCCUGCAAAGCGCAUUACAGCUGCAGAAGCCAUGGACCACGAUUAUUUUUGGCGUGUACAAACGUGUAAACCGCGAGACUUACCCAAAUUUUGUGUGUCGUCAACACAUGAAUAUCAAUCAAAGAAACGGCAUCAUGAAGAGAUGGAAGCAGCUGCUACAGCAAAAAGAGGCAACAUGAAAACCAGCGACCAUCAUCGUUAUAUGCGUCAGCGUGGCGAACGUAGCGGAUACCGCGAGCGCGAAGAUCAUUAUCGCGGAGAGGGUAACAACAGUCGCUUAGAUCGCAGCAGACCCUUCCGUUCGCAUCGUCCUAAUAGUGACUACUACGACCGAGAUCGUGACCGUAGUCGAAGUCGAAGUCGCGAACGCCACCACGAUCGCGAGCUCCGAGACCGUGAUCGCUAA